CCUAAACCAUUAAUUAAAGUGAAGCAUGGUGUUCCUGAAUAAAUAUGAACUACCAACCUCCACCGAAUCUCUUUAAUAAUCUCAACUGUCCUCGCAAAACCCAACUUGUACUCUUUCUUUUAUUAGAAGUCUUUAAUAUGUGUAUGUGUUCCCACUUCUCUAUAUAGACACACACCAAUCCGUUUAUUGUGAUACAUGUAAGCAUAAGUGUUUUAAUUUCUUAAUAUAUGGCGAGCAUUACUACUUCUCAUUCUCCAUCGUCGUUGAGUGUGACCUUGCACUCCAAGCUCACAGCAGUAUCAAGUGAACCAACCGGGUCGGGUAAGACCCACCAUGAGCUUUCUGCAUUGGACCGUGCCAUGGCUCAACACACACUGCAUAUGGUUUUCUAUUAUAGGGACCAGGAUGAGUCGUUUGGGUUACAUGACUUGGAUUCGUGGAGGGAAUCAUUGUCUACGGUUCUUACCAUGUACCCCACAAUGACGGGUAGGUUGUUGUUGGAGCAGGGGCAUGAUGGUAAUUGGCAAGUUAGGUGGAACGAUGCGGGUGUUAGGGUGGUUAAGGGCAGCGUGGAUGGCAGCCUCAGUGAGUGGCUUAAUUCUGCAACUGCUUCCCAAGAGAAGCUUCUGGCGUCUUGGAACCAUAUGCCUGUUGAUCCUACCACCUGGUCUCCCUUUCGAAUUCAGGUAAGCAAUUUCAAAGAAGGAGGUGUUGCAAUAGGAAUAAGUUGUAGUCACAUGCUUGCUGAUCUAACUUGCUUAGCUUCAUUCAUCAAAUCAUGGACACUAGUUCACCGAAACUUACCCAUUACCAACCCUCCUUCCUUCACUCCACUCCCUUUUUCGCCGUCGUCGCCGCCGCCACUUUCAAACGGCCAUGCUAAGCUGCCACCUCCACAGCAAGCAAAAGACAUGGCCAAAGCCACUUUCAAGUUUUCCAGUUCAACAAUGCAACAGUGCCUCUCCAAUGUCCAUCACAUUUGCCCCAAUGCCACCCCAUUUGAUUUUCUUUGUGCAUUGUUUUGGACUAGAAUCUCUCACUUGAAGCCAUUGAAAAACAAUGAUCAAACUCACUCUCUAUCCAUUUGCAUAGAUUUCAGAAAGAAGCUUCUUAAAGAACCAAUCCCUUUUGGUUACUUUGGAAAUGCUCUGCAUUUCACAAUGCUUUCUCUUAAAGGUGAAGAUUUUGGAAGUGUAGUUAGUGCAGUGAAUAGGCACUUGGCAGGGAUUCAAGAAGAGGAGAUACGGUGUGCCAUAGAACGGUUAGGAUCAUCGAAUCGUUGCAUGUAUGGGGAAGAAUUAACCUGUGUUUGCAUGGAAUCUCUGCCAUAUGAAGCAAAGUUUAGUGAUAAUGAGAAGCCGGUUCAUGUUUCAUGUCAUGUAGGGAAUGUGGCUGGGAAAGGUUUGAUCAUGAUGAUGCCUUCUUGUGAAGAAGGGCUUGCAAGAACUGUGACAGUUAUGCUGCCACAUGAAGAGCUUGCUGAAUUAAUCAAAGAUGAAGCUAUAUUGCAGUUGGAUCCAACUACUUUGCUUUCUGAUAUAUAAUAUCAUAAAGAUUUGGUUUAGAAACCAUAAAAUAUUUAAGGGCAGACAAUUUUAACCAUGAAAGAUCAAAUGUUUUUACAUCUUUUAUAGUUAGACUUGUUGGUGCCCAAAUCUUUUAUGGUAAAAAAUGGUCAUUUAUUCUUUGGUUUAUGUAUAAAUUGCAAGAGUGGACAUUUUUCCAU